AUGAGUUACGGUAAAGCAGCAGCUGAAAGAAUAGCAAACCAAACAUUUCUUAUUACAGGGUGUUCAUCAGGGAUUGGACAAGCAACAUGUUUAGAAUUAGCAGAAACCAAUCCAAAUAUUAAAUUAAUUAUAACAGCAAGAAGAAAAGAUAAGUUAGAUGAAUUAAAAGCUAAAUUAGAAAAAGAAUAUGUUGGAAUAAAAGUUUUAUCAGAAAGUUUGGACGUAUCAGAUUUAAAAUCAAUUGAUAAAUUUUUUGCCAACUUACCAAGUGAAUUUUCAGAUAUUGAUGUAUUAGUCAACAAUGCAGGUUUGGCUAUUGGACAAGAUGAAUUUGUAAACACUGAAGUAGAAGAUGCAGAAACUGUAUUCCAAACUAACGUUAUUGGAUCUAUCGCAGUCACUAAAAAGGUUUUACCAAUUUUAAAAAAGAAAAACUCAGGUACUAUAGUAUUUAUUGGAAGUAUUGCAGGUAUAGUACCAUAUGACAAAGGUUCAAUUUAUUGUGCAUCAAAAGCAGCCAUUAAAUCAUUCAGUGAUUCAUUAAGAAAAGAAUUAAUUUCGACCAAAAUUAGAGUGAUAUUAAACAGUCCUGGUGCGGUCAAGACUGAUUUUUCAAUGGUUAGAUUUAAAGGUGAUCAAGCUAAAUCUGAUGCCGUGUAUGAUAAUACCGAACCAUUAACAGCUACUGAUAUUGCUGAAUCCUUGGUGUUUGCAAUUACAAGAAGACAAAAUGUGGUUAUUGCUGAAACUUUGGUUUUUCCUAAUCAUCAAGCUUCUCCUUUCCAUUAUUAUAGAACAAAAGAUUAA